AUGCAUCUCAACACAACUUCUUCCUUCUACCAGCUGGGAUACCUGAUGAGCGAGUUUCACCUGCCGUCCUCCAAUUCUGUCCUGCCCGCUGCAGCAGAGAACCUGUCCAACAGUUCGGGACUUAGGUCCAUCCCACCCAACGAGGAGGAUCUGGAUGUGAACACAGACAUCUACUCCAAGGUGAUGGUGACCAUCAUCUACUUGGUGCUGUUCCUUCUGGGGACAGUGGGCAACUCCAUCACUGCUUACACCCUGGUGAGGAAGAAGUCCCUGCAGAAUCUCCAAAGCACGGUGCACUAUCACCUGGCCAGCUUGGCAUUCUCUGACCUGCUCAUCUUCCUCCUCUGCAUGCCCAUCGAACUCUACAACUUCAUCUGGGUGCACCACCCCUGGGCUUUCGGCAACGACGUCUGCAAGGGCUACUACUUUCUGAGGGAUGCCUGCACCUACGCUACGUCUCUCAACAUCGCCAGCCUCAGUGUGGAGAGGUACAUGGCCAUCUGUCACCCUUUCAAAGCCAAGAGCAUCAUGUCCAGGAGCCGGACCAAAAAAUUCAUCAGUUGCAUUUGGGUGGCCUCUUUCCUGCUGGCCAUCCCGAUGAUCUUAAUCAUGGGCGAGAUCUACAGGAUACCCCAAGAUCCUGACUCGCUGGUCUGCACCCAGAUUGUAGAUGAUUCCACGCUGAAGAUUGCCAUCCAGGUCAACGUCUUCAUCUCCUUCGUUUUCCCAAUGGCGGUUAUCUCCGUCCUCAACACCAUCAUAGCCAACCAACUUAUCAUCAUGUUCAAGCAAGCGGCCCAAGAACACCAAGUGUGCACAAUUGGAGGACAGCAGACCAUGCUUAGCAUGUCCAUGGAACCUGGCCGUGUUCAAACCUUGAAGCACGGAGUCCGAGUUCUACGUGCUGUUGUGAUUGCCUUUGUAGUGUGCUGGCUUCCGUACCAUGUGCGGCGGCUUAUGUAUUGCUACAUCUCAGAAAAUCAGUGGUCAGACUUCCUUUUCGACUUCUAUCACUAUUUCUACAUGCUGACCAACAUCCUCUUCUACGUUAGCUCAGCCAUCAACCCGGUCCUCUACAACUUGGUCUCCACCAACUUCCGCCAGAUCUUCUUUUCUACUUUCGUUUCCAUAUGCCUGCCAUGGAAAAAAAAGAAGAAGAGAGCCAAGUUCAACAGAAAAUCCAACAGCAUCUCUAGUAACCAUACUUUUUCUAGCCAGGUCACCAGAGAAACCACCUAUUGAGACAUCGGGAUUCUCAAGAAGAAAAGAAAGGAAGGGGGGAAAAAAAGGUUCCAGCAAGACAGGAAACAGAACUUGUGAAAGGGGUCUGUCCUGCUUUCAGACAUGACUUCCAACUUCACCGCCGCAUGAACAUGUUUAGCUGAUUGCUGUCCAUUGGAAUGAAUAUGCGUCCAUGGUUAACAGUGAGGUGAUGUUCCUGCCUUGGCCUCUGGCUUUUUGUGAGUUAUGUCUCCAUGUUUUGUCAUCUUGAUCCAGCAUAGAAGUCGCCUGUUGAGGUUCUCCAGAAAGCUUUCCCAUCUAUGGAGUCGACGUUGGCCAAGCUUGAGUGCCUCUUGCCAACCACCAGGGCAAUCAGGAGAUUCAGACAAUUCAAACAAGUAUAAAUAUUUAUGGCAAAGUUAAACUGUCUACAGGAAUCUGAACAACUGGCUGUCAAGGGAAAUGAGUGGGAGAUAAGAAGGCAUUCGAGGUGGGUUGGGCUUAGAUCUCUUGCAGGCACACAGGGACUUGUGACUUAUGGCACGCUUGACUCCUCCCUCGGUCUCAGCCUGUUCAUCUCCUACAAUUCUCUUACUGUUCUCAUUGGGUUUCUCAGUGUAGCAAGGAGAUUAAGAUCACUUGUCCUAGUUACCUUGACAAUGUAGGGAGGAGGCGAAGCGUGAGCAAGAUUUCAUUUUUGUAAGAAAGAAUAGGGUUGUGGUUUUAGGUAUAGGCAAUCCUUGACUUAUGAGCACAACGGAGCCCAAAUUUUCUGUUGCCGAGAGAGACAUUUGUGCAGUGAAUUUUGCCCCAUUUGAUGACCUAUUUUGUCACCAU